CAAACUCGGAAGCACUUUUAAAAUAGAUGAGGUGCUUUACAAAUAUAUUUAGCAAUUUUAACUAAACCAGGGAUGGAUGACAUUAAAUCAGCUUUGGAGGUAGAAUUGGAAAGAUUGAGAAAACUAGUAAGAAAGUACCGGACAGAAAGCAUCGUUUUCUCAAAACCCAGAAAAAGCAAUAGUCUAGAAUACAGUCGAGUGCUUAGCCCUAAUGAGAAUGGCGAGUCGUAUGAGAGCCGGAACGCAGUUAACUCAUUUAACUGUGAACCAUUAUCUUCAUCAAACCUUCCGAAACCACGUGUACAGUUUGCUACAGUGAAUAACAGCUCUGAAGAUUCAGACGAAGUUACACAGAAACCCAAAAGACCACACUAUCGCACACGUUUUCUUGAUCCUCCAACAAAUAUUGAUAGGCCCUGUAGACAUCAUCCAGUACCCAAAUAUUACCCUGAAGAGGGAAAUUUUACUUGUAGCGCCAUGGAUUUGAUAGAAAGAAGGAAAUUUCAAGAAUCAUUUUUACAUUUACAUGAAUUUUACCGCAAAAAUUAUCCACUUGACAGUGAACUAGUAAUUGAGUUAAGAACUCUGCGUGGAGUUUACGAGCAUACAGGAGGUCAUAAUCUAGCUCUUAUGGCUGCUCUCGAAAAUACUCUUGAAGAAGCCCUGAAAGUCGAGAAAGAUAGACGAUUGACAACACUAGACGACAUAGAGAAGCCUAAAAAUCCCGAUUAUUUUUCACCUCGAUAUGAGAGAGAUUAUCGAUGGCAAGCAGCAAUACGAGCUUAUGAAAUUGAACAAGCUAAUCGAGAAUUUCGACUGAUACAAUCAGAGUUAGAACGACUUAAAGCCUUGCAAGCAGAAAGACGAAACCAACAAAAAUAACUUCUAUGAAAUAGUUUUGAAAAAAAAUGAAGUGACAAUCUCUUUUUUUCUUCAGGACCUUUUUCAUUGAUUUUUGUACCGUUGAACAGGAUAAUCGGACGAUAAUUGAAUGUAUAGGCUGAAGAAAACACUUUUAUAUUAACAUAUUAGAGCCCGCUUCCUAACUUAGAGUAUACACACAAUAAACUCACAACUAUUCUCAAAAAUCCGUUAAUUAUGAAAUACUUUUGUCAUUUAAUAAUAUUUAUACAUUCAACAGAAUAUUUCUAAUCAAUCAUUUUAAUUUAGUUGAUAAUCUUUUCCGUAUUCCCCCAUUCAAAUGUUCCUUAAUCAAGAUGAAUAUUUAUUCUAACAAUAUCUAGUGCUUAUGUUUGUUUUU